UUAUAAGCGGACAUCCCCGACGAUCAAAACACAGAAUCGUAUCGCGGCACAGUUCGCAAACACAGCACAGCACGCACAGCCCGCCGUCGCCGUUGCGAAUUUUCACCAAGUAAACGAUCGAUCGAUUAAGACAGACAGAGUCGAAGAUGCGCUCCCAAACCAUCGCUUUGCUCGUGUUCGGAAUAAUGGCUGUGGCUUUGGCAUCGCCGCUGCCGGGUCAUCAUCAUGAGCAUCAUGUGAUCCAUGUGCCCUACAAGGUGCACACGAUUCAUCAUCAUCACACGAAAAAGAUACACGUGCCGGUACACCACGUCGAAAAGGUUCCCGUUCCCGUUCCGAUACCGGUUCACCAUGUUGAAAAAGUAGCUGUCCCAGUACCUGUGCACCAUGUUGAAAAAGUAGCUGUACCUGUUCCAGUUGUACAUAAAGUUCCUGUCCCUGUUCAUAUACCUGUACAUAAGGAGGAGUAUUCUCAUGGUUGGUUUUAAAUGGAACGCUUUGUCUUCACCUGCAAUUAUAUUAGAUCCAUUGAUAAAGUUUUCUUCGUGGAGUACAAAAGAUGACGAAACCGAUCAGUACAAAGUUACUGGAGCCACCAGUGCAGAAUUUAAGGAUGUAGCAUAAGGACCAAAUACUCUGUAUGCACGCGUGUGUACUCAGAACGAAGAUACUUGUACAUACUUUUCAUCACGUUACACUUAUUUUUAUUAUUAUUUUUAUAUAAUAAACAUUUGAUAAAAAAAAAUA